GUAGCAUUUAGAAAAAAAAAUCCUUUAUCUCGAUGCAUCGAAUAUGAUAAAUAAGUCAAUACCUUUGUGUCUGGUUGGUUUUAACUGACUAGCCACAAACAGCCUAGAAAAGAACCAACCAUCGACAAAUUUGGAAAAGAGUAGUAAAUUCCACCCAACACAAAUAUUUACUGAAGAUAGGCAUUUUAAGGUUGCCCUUACUAUAAACUCUUACAUGCAUCGCCAAGAUGCAUAAAUCCGACUACCAAAAAAUCACUGAUACUGUUACUGAGUACGGACAUGUGAAUCCCCAUCUCCUGCAUCCAGAACCUGUUACACAAUUCGCAAAUCCUCGGAUCCCAAAACACGCGACUCCGCGCACAUUUUACUAUUUUACUACGUAUUCUACUUCCUUUAGAGUACAAUAUAUGCGUAAAUUUAUUUAUGAUAAAUCUAGAUCCGAAAACAGGAUCUGUUUUGGGUUAAACCAAAUAAGUUUGAUUAACUGAUGUGGUUAACUUGAGCCCACGAUAACAUCCGCCACUUUUAAGCCUUGCGGAGAGAAAGAAUUAUAGGAAACUCUUCUCUCGGACUCUUCGACAAUGUGUAAAUAAUGAAUAAAAAACAAAGGAAGGACAGAAACAGAAGGACAGAAACAAAGGAAGGAAAAAAUGCAGAACUCCUCUUUGGUUGAGUUGGUUCACCUCUGAAUUCAAAGCGAUACUAAAAUAAAAUAAAAUGAAAUAAAAUAUAAUGAAGUGAAACAGAUAUUUGAGGUAUAUGAUGGUUAUGUAAGAAACGUGAGAAAAUAAAUUACCCCCCGGUGGGGGUAUGGAACUCACUCCUUAUUGUUUUUUUAAAAAACAUACCGUAACGGUAGAACGCAGAAAUGGCACAUAUGUAGAAACAUAUGGACUCAACUAGAAAUAUUUAAUCGUUGAACAGUUUACAUGUUUGUAUGGCCGUACAAGAAUAAAAUGACAUCAUACAAGUGGGCUCUUUUCGUUAAGUCAUUACUCCUUAUUUAGAAAAAGCAUUUCCUUUCAUUUUCAUAAACUGUUGUGUUUUCGGAAAUGAAUGCGUGAUGCCAAUAGGGAGCUAAUGGACCUAUAUACUUUAUAUACUGUUACCCCUGAGAUCAGGAUAGCGAGCUAAUUGACCAAUAUACUAUUUAUACUGUUACCCCUGAGAUCAGGAUAGCGAGCUAAUUGACCAAUAUACUAUUUAUAAUGUUACCCCUGAGAUCAGGAUAGCGAGUUAAUGGGCCUUACUAUAUACACAGGGAGCUAAUGGACCUAGAUCUGUAUACCAUAUGCUGCUGGCCAUCAGAAUGAUGAGGUGUACUGCUAAGGACUUCAAACUUUUUCCAGUUGUUUUGGUUGAAAACGUAGUACAACUAUGUUCUAGCUAGUAUACAAUAGGGACUUCGACGCUUGGCGAAAAAGUCCAAAAUAGUGAAUGAAAUUACUUAGACUUUAUACUCAGGAACAAACAUAAUGAACCCAAAAUUUCAUUUCUACAAUAGCGAACAGGGAAAGGUAACUCAUACAACAACCACUCCCGUCCUCGCUAAACCGCAAAACUUUGAAUUUCAGGUCGUGGUUUAGCGGAAAACGGUUGGAUAUCAUUGAGCUAAGACAGAACGUCUUUUCCCGUGCGACUUCAGAGUUUCCAAAUCAUUUCAUUGUUUUCUAUCGUCCCCGUUCUGUUGCCGUACUCGUAUCUUUAAGUCCAGAGUGCUUACAUUGAAACAAACGUAGCUAUAAGUCGCGGUGGAUUAGUUUUCUCUUUAGUGACAUUACAGCACAAGCUGCAACAACUUAUCCACCGUUCCUUAUCAGCUGAAUAUCCGCUUCUAAAUAUCUAGCAAGUGGUAUCGAUUUAAAUGUGCGAAAAUUUGUGACUAUCAUCUGAAAAAAGAAGGUUUUAUCUCCCGCGUGAAUUCCGUUCCACACAUUUGCUCACUGUGACCAUGUCAACGACACCUGAAACUGACUGCUCCUCAUAAAGUCUGAUCUCGAGUGGAAAUUCUUUCCGAACUUCUUCCGAGAGGUCGGACUCAGUGCGUGUGUUCUCUAAGAACACAUGGACCCUUGGACCAAUCAGAGCGCGCGAUUUGACGAGUGUAAUAGAAAACAAAUCCAUAUAUCAAGAGCUGGUGGCAGUAAAGAGCUUGCUUAACAUCCUUUGGGUGAGCGUCAUUGAGCGUGUACUUCUACGAAAUGAAUUAUUUAUGCACAUAAAGAAAAAGUGGAGAGUUCCGCUUUGAUUAUUCUAACUCACAGUUUCUGGAAAACUCUUUGGCAUGCAAUUCGUUCUGUCCAGCACAAGGCUUUACCCCGCAUUUUUAAGAUAACUCAGAUGUGAAAUAUUGUCGACCGCGGGCAGCUAAAAGUUCCUGGGCGAGCUAACGGGGCAGCAACUGAUCCAAGAAGAAGAAGAAAAAGACGCAAGCGAAUGCUCUGGAAGAGACCAGAAGAAAAGUGGGGUACUUCGAUCAUUACAUGUAUGAUACUGUUGGUUUAAACCCCUGUGGUGAAAAUAAAUUGGUUGGAUCAUGCUAUUAAAGCAACUGGAAUAGUUGGACAAAGGAAGCCGCCACUAAACUUGCUCGAACAAUUCUAUUUUACAACCACCGUAUCAUUUCCAUUUGAAGUAUCAUGAAUGCACUGUCUAUCGUCUGAAAGGAAAUUUGGCGAUGUCUGACUUUAAUGGAAGCGAGAUGCUAGAAAAAGGAUGGGGAAAGAAUACAUCAUCGUCCCCCCAACUUGACCCUCGAAGCAAGGCAGAAAUUAUUAUUCAAGCAACCUUCAUGGUUAUUAUUAUGUUAUCGUCCAUUCUAGGGAACAUUCUCAUAUUGUUAGCGAUCAAAAGAACGCGGUCCUUGCAGAGUAUUACGAGCGUUUUCAUCGCAAAUCUCGCGGUUGCGGAUUUCCUUCUGGCAGUGAUAGGAAUGCCUUUCACGAUGACGUCAUCCAUAACAUACGACUGGAUAUUCGGGCCGUUCUGGUGCAAGCUGAACGGAAUGGCAAAUAGCGUGUUUUGUAUCGCCUCUAUGCUCUCCCUUGCUGCCGUGUCCAUCGAUAGAUACUUUGCUAUAAUCACACCGUUAAAAUACCCGAUGCUGAUGACACCACGAAUGGCUUUCAUGCUGGUGGCGUGGGUCUGGUUACAGUCUUUACUCUGUGGGUUCCUACCAAUAUUCGGCUGGUGUCGCUACACUUAUAUCACAAACGAGUCCAUCUGUACAGCGGAAUGGGGGUCUAGCAUACCCUACACCAUGUUCAUAUUCGGGGCAUGUUUUUUUGCGCCCUUAUUGGUGAUGUUCUACAGCUAUUAUCACAUUCUUCUCGCAGCGAGAAGGCAUGCGAGACAAAUGGCUCUAAAGGUGGGCGACAUCGCGACACCAUUAAAAACAGCCGUAGCCAUCACUUUACCGUCAGCAGACAAUAACGCAAAACGCAAGCGAGAAGAAAGGGAAGCAAAGUUUAAGAGUGACACUAAGGCGGCCAAAACUCUGUUAAUAGUCAUGGGCACGUUUCUAUUCUGCUGGUCUCCGCAUUUUAUUGGGAUGACUUGUCUUCUAUUCCCCAGCUGUCAGUGGCCCGACUGGUUUUUUGCGACCACCACGUGGCUUGCAAUGAUGAACAGUGGCUGCAACCCUAUCUUAUACGGUGUCCUGAACAGGAGGUUUAGGAGAAGCUUCAUAGAGAUUAUUUGUUGCGGGAGGAAGUCCAGGCGAGUGGAGAUAGAUCAUUCUUUCUAUCACGUGGAGAGAUCGAAUGAAAGGGAAGAUUAGAGAUUCCUUGAUAGAGGGACGGUUAGAGAUUCCUUGAUAGGGGGAAGGUUGGAGGUGUCGAUAGAGGGAGGACAAGAGAUGCCAUGGUAUAUAAUAACCCACGUGACAUUUGCUAAUUGAAUCGAUCAGUGGAACAAAAGCCACCAGUUUAUUUUCCUAAUUUAUUUAUAUAUAUAUUACUCAAUGUUGCAUCCUGUCGCAUUUGCUGCGUGGGGUGUGUUGGCAAAGGGGGCUUAUAAUUAAAAAUGUAUCACAAUAAAGGGAAAAUAUGAAAUACAAAUAAUGUAUCAAAA